AUGGGCGGAAUGCGCCCGUCACGUCUCCCAGCGCUGGCGGCCACCCUGACACCUCUUUCGCGACAGCAUCGCCUUCUAGGACCCCCGUGGCGGGGCCGCCGUGACCGGCGUUGUGCGUCGUCGUCGCCUUCGUCGUCGCCUUUGCCGUCGCCCGCCAGUCGACCCAAACUUGCGAGGCUGCCCUUCCGGUUCGAGACCGGCAUCGGCCUCUUUGCGAAGCGACCGCCUCGGCCCUUUCCCCCGCCUUUCUUGUCGCCGCCCUCGGCGUCCUUCUCCGACCCGCUCAGCACCCAUCACCAGAGCCGCCAUCGCCAAGGGUACGUCAACGGGGAAUUGCUGAGAGGUCUGACCAACGGCGACGAUGCAGUGUACGCGAGCGACUUUUUCGUUUGUGCCAAUGACGGAGUCGGUGCGUGGGCUGCUCGCCCUCGUGGUCACGCCGGCCUCUGGUCACGACUGAUAUUGCAUUUCUGGUCUGCCGCCGUCGAGGCAGAGCAAGCAGAUUAUAUCACGCCGGGAGAGUUCCACAGUCCAGAUCCCCGAGCCACACUCCAAACGGCGUACGAGCAAACUUUGGAUGCCACCGUCCCCCAUGAUUGGCAAGGCACCACGACGGCCUGCGGUGCCCAGUUGCACUACAAGAUGCCAAGCGACGCUGCUGGAAGCGAUCCGACACCACUGCUGUACGUGACGAAUCUCGGCGACUGCCAGAUCAUGGUGGUCCGCCCGAGUAAGCAGGACGCCGUAUACAAGACAAAGGAGCAAUGGCAUUGGUUCGACUGCCCGCGACAACUCGGCACCAAUAGCCCCGAUACGCCAAAUGCCAAUGCGGUCACUGACGCAGUAGACUUGGAAGUGGGAGACGUUGUGCUCGCAAUGAGCGAUGGUGUCAUCGACAACCUUUGGGGACAUGAAAUCGUCGAUUCAGUCGUCCGAAGCAUCGCUGAUUGGGAGUCGGCAAAGGGGCGUCAUCCCCAGGUAGAUCGAACAGGCGGUCGUAACGGAGGCAUGACUGCAGCGGCUGAAAACCUUGUCGCCGCAGCCACGGCAAUCGCAAAAGACCCAUUUGCUGAAAGCCCCUUUAUGGAGCAUGCGAUUGAAGAGGGUCUCGCGAGCGAAGGAGGUAAGCUCGACGACAUUAGCGUCGUUGCCGCGCUUUGUGUAGAGAACGAGAAGUGA